AUGAGCGCCUUCCAGCAGGGUAUGGCCCCUAUCCGGGCCAUGGAGGACGAUAGUGAUGUUGAGGAGGAGGCCCUCGUCGCCGACUACCAGGAGCAGGUCCAAUACGGACAGGACGACGAUUUGGACGGCCUCGACCAGGCUGCCCUUGCCCAGGCUGCCGACGAUCUCCAGGCCCGGUUACUCCAGGCCGCUCAGCCCUUGGAUUAUCAGGCGACGCUCGAGGCCAAGUUCUCAAGCUACGACAACUACUGCAGCUUGUUCCACUACAUCCUUAAUUCGGAAGGCCCCGUCGAUCUCGAGCCUCCAUCGUACUACUGGGCCUGGGAUGUGAUUGAUGAAUUCAUUUACCAGUUCAACACAUUCUCCACAUACCGGGCGAGGAUCGCGCGGCAGGGAAACAACGAGGAGGAGGCUCAGCUUCUCAAGGAGAACCCAAACACCUGGGGUUGCUACAGCGUGCUCAACGUUCUCUACUCCUUGAUCCAGAAGUCUCAGAUCCAGGAACAGCUCCAGGCUACCAAGCGCGGUGAGGAUGCCGCCCUUGUCGCCGGUCCCUACGGAUCCAAGGCCCUUUACAAGAUGUUGGGCUACUUCUCGAUCAUUGGCCUCCUCCGGGUCCACUGCCUUCUCGGUGACUUCAGCCUCGCGCUUAAGACUCUCGACGACAUUGAGCUCAACAAGAAGGCCAUGUUCGCCCGUGUCAUGGCUGCCCACUUCACCACAUACUACUAUGUGGGUUUCUCUUACAUGAUGAUGCGCCGCUACGCCGACGCUCUCCGCAUGUUCAGCCACAUCUUGAUCUACGUCUCCAGGACCAAGAACUUCCAGAAGAACGCGCAGUACGAUAACAUCAACAAGAAGAGCGACCAGAUGCUCGCUCUCAUCGCCAUCUGCGUUGCCUUCCAGCCCACUCGUCUGGAUGACACCAUCCACACAGCCCUCCGUGAGAAGUAUGGCGAGCAGCUCCUGAAGCUCCAGCGUGGCGGCCCCGAGUCCCUCCCCGUCUUCGAGGAGCUCUUCCGCACUGCGUGCCCCAAGUUCAUCUCUCCCGUACCUCCCAACUUUGAUGCCCCCGAGAGCAACAUCGACCCCAUUGAGCAUCACCUUUCCAUCUUCAUGGAGGAGGUUAAGACCAACAUGUUCAACCCCACCAUCAAGUCUUACCUCCGUCUUUACACCACCAUGGACCUCAAGAAGCUGGCUGGUUUUCUCGACGUCAAGCCCGAGGAGCUCCGUUCCAUCCUGUUUGUUAACAAGCAGCGCAACAAGCAGAUCCGGUGGAACGAGGGUGCUCUUUUGGAGGGCGAGUGGGUUAACACCAGCGACCUCGACUAUGCUCUCCAAGGGACCUUAUCCAUAUCUCGGAGGCCAAGAUGGGCCGCAAGCUCGUUGAUUGGUAUCUCCGCAACCUCUCGCGCACUUAUGCAUGAAGGAGCAAUAUCACACCGCAGGGACCAGGGGUUUCGGCUGAGAUGGGAAUGA